AUGUCACUGUCUUCUGACUCCUCCACAACGGGGGCUUUCGCAGGAGCACUUUUCUUUUCUUCAACAGGGGCAGCCACAGAUUCGACCACUGCCGGCUGUGCUUGUACUGCUGCCGAUGGGGUGGCUGAACAACCGGAAAUGAGAUCGUUGAUAACUUUUGAGCACUCUUCAGAAAACCUCAAUUUUUUAAGAUCUGAGAUUAAAACAAAUAUAAAAUCUUUUCUUAAAGGCCCUGCUAAAGAAUUAAGUGGAUUCUCAUCUCAGAUUGUAAAUAUGAAGGACUCUGAAAGUAAGGCUCCUCUUCACAUUGCGAUCGAAAAAGAAAACUUCUCAGUGGCUAAAUUACUGAUUUCAAACGGAGCCGACUGUACAAAAACUUCUUACCAAGAUAACUUUCCCAUUCAUUUGGCCGCAAAAGGGAACUCAGUGGAAAUCAUCAAUCUCCUAGUUUCUGCCAAAGCACACGUAAACUGUGUAAAUGCCCGUGGUGAGACUCCUCUCCAUGUCUCCGCGGCAUUUGACAAACCAGAAAACAUUGAACUUUUGAUAAAAUACAGAGUUGUCAAAAUCCUUGCAAAACAUGAUAACUCGUUGAUCCACGGCGAAGACGAAAACUCCAAUACCCCCCUCCACUUGGCUGCCUUGAACGGACACAAGGAAGUUGUAAAAUUUCUCAUUGAGAAUAACGCAGACUUUGAAGCCAGGUUGCUUAUUUGCAUAAACACUAGAAACCAAUUUUUAUGGACACCUCUCGACUGUGCGGCAACAAAUGGCAAUGUCAAAGUAUGUCGAAUAUUGCUCAACGACGACGCCUCAAUCGAUGCAAAGGAUCGUACAACUCCACUUCAUUUGGCAUCCGCUUCGGGACACUGUGACGUGGUGAGUCUUCUCAUCGACGAAGGUGCUGAUGUGACCUUAAGAGAUUCAAAUGGAUUCAAUUCUCUGGACAGAGCUAUUUAUAACAAUCAUCCGUCUCUUUCCAAUUCUCACGUUUUAGAGAAGUUGCUCAAACAAUUUUGAGUUCAUGUAAAUGGAGAGAAGCACUCAGAAAUCAAUAUUUUUGCGACAAUCGCAAUCAAAUUAUA